CGAUAAUGGUGUGAUUCUAUUCCGCGGCGUGCGGGUCGUUUCUCUCUCGAGUCAUUGGUUGAACCGAUGUGCUUCUAGAGUUUUCUUGUAAAGGUGUUUCUGGCUUAAACGAUUAGGGUCCUUGUUUGCUGCGUCGAGGAGCGAGGAAGGAAACCAACGCGGCUCAGAGAUGGAGCAGACCUUCAUCAUGAUCAAGCCCGACGGCGUGCAACGAGGCCUUGUUGGGGAAAUCAUUAGCCGGUUCGAGAAGAAGGGUUUCUACUUGAAAGGAUUGAAGAUGAUGAACGUGGAUCGCUCCUUCGCCCAGACGCACUAUGCUGACCUCUCCGCGAAGCCCUUCUUUCCUGGGCUGGUGGAGUACAUCAUCUCCGGCCCCGUGGUUGCCAUGGUGUGGGAGGGGAAGAAUGUGGUUGUCACUGGCCGCAAGAUCAUUGGUGCCACCAACCCGUCGGAUUCCUCCCCCGGAACCAUCCGUGGGGAUUAUGCGAUUGUGAUGGGCAGGAAUGUCAUUCACGGGAGUGAUUCGAUUGAGAGUGCAAGGAAGGAGAUCGCUUUGUGGUUUCCUGAAGGCAUUGCUCAGUGGCAGAGCAACCUCCACCCUUGGAUUUACGAGUAGAGAUGAUGUAUUAUUGCUUCUAAGUUUAAGUUUUGACUUUUCCUUAGUUAACCAAGUUGGUGAGUCAACUUGAGAUUGUCAUAAUAUGGUUGUGGAUUCCCACUUCCAACUCUUUUUUUGCUCGUUAGAGCUAUUUGCUGUCUGCCUUUUCACUGCUACACCUGCCUGGCAUAAUUAUUACUUUGGUGCUCUGCGAUCGUAGACUAGAAUUUUCUUUUCUGCAGCUUUA